AUGAGGAAGUGAAGUGAGAAGAGGGGAAAGAAGGAGGAGGAAAGAGGAAAUGAGGGAAGAAGAGGCUCAAGCAGUGCAAACCAUACAACUACGGUGCCUUGAUGCCUCCCUGCCUCAGGCACAUUAUGCCUCCCCCCUCCAUCUUCCUUACUGACUGUAGGAGAUAAUCCCCGCAACAAGAGGAAAUGACAUUUCAUCCCUUGAUCCAAACAUACUCAUAUUACCUCCAAAGUUACAGUACACAUUCACUCCCGGUUAUCAACCUCACCGGUCAUGAAGCCCCCAUACCUCGCCGUGGCCAUCUACCACCCCCGCUACGGCAACUUUCAACACUGGGCCCUCCAUCUCCACUCAGACACUGAAGACCUCAUCUUCGAAGUCGAUGGAGAACAUCCCAGCUUCCAGAAGAUGGUGUCCAAUGGGCUUCCUACCGAUAACCCAGGUUUCAUCGAGUCCAUCUUUGUAUGUCAGAUCGGCAGCCCCGAUAUCCCGACCGUGAAGGACGUCGUCAACGCCACGCCCGUGGACAAUGAGACCGUCGAAUGGGACUGCCAGGACUACGUGCUAGAGAUACUGGAAGGAUGUGAGAAGGAAGCUGUGCUAGAGGAUGAAGAUGCCGAUUACGCAGAGGCCAUGGAGAUCCUACGAAGUAGACGGGGGCCGAUCCUUUAG